GGAGCCGCGUGUGCUCAGCUGCGCACCAGGUUGCUCCUGCCUGUGCUCUACAGCAGUGCACAGAAGGCCAGGAGAUCAAGGCACCUCUCCAGAAACAGAGUGAUGGAGAAGCAUUGAAUGGACUAACAGUGGAUUUAGGAGAGAUACAUGGCCAGCUCCCAAGAGAAGCAGAAACAACUUAGUGCCGGUUGCUCCAUCGCUGAUCUCCGACUUCCCUUUUCUCACCAGUGCAAAGAGACUUUUCCUCCGUAUUUUUUGAGUUGGUUUGGUGAUAGCCACUUGACCUCCCCUUCUUUUUUCCCUUCACAAUGGUGAGGUGGUUUCAUCGUGACCUGAGUGGGCUGGAAGCUGAAGCCUUACUGAAGGGACGAGGUGUCCAUGGGAGCUUUCUAGCCAGACCCAGUCGAAAGAAUCAAGGGGAUUUUUCCCUUUCGGUUAGGGUUGGCGAUCAGGUAACCCACAUCCGUAUCCAGAAUACUGGGGAUUUCUAUGACCUAUAUGGAGGAGAGAAGUUUGCCACACUUUCAGAACUGGUGGAGUACUACACACAGCAGCAGGGCUCACUGCAAGACAAAGAUGGAACCAUCAUUGACUUGCGAUAUCCGCUCAACUGUUCUGAUCCAACUACUGAGAGGUGGUACCAUGGGCAUCUGUCAGGUGUUGCAGCUGAAUCACUUCUCCAGGCCAAAGCCACCCCGUGGACCUUCUUGGUGCGGGAGAGCCUCAGCAAACCUGGGGAUUUUGUCUUGUCUGUCCUGACUGACCAACCUAAACCUGGGUCUGAUGCUCCACCAGCUGGAGCAACCAGUGCCUCUGGGGCCCGUCUCAAAGUCACCCACAUCAAAAUCAUGUGUGAGAAUGGACGUUAUACAGUUGGAGGUUCUGAAAAGUUUGACAGCUUGGCAGAUCUUGUGGAGCACUUCAAGAAGACUGGGAUUGAAGAGGUGUCUGGCUCUUUUGUAUACCUGAAGCAGCCCUACUAUGCUACAAGGGUGAAUGCUGCUGACAUUGAGAAUAGAGUGCAUGAACUGAACAAGAAGAGUUUAUCUGAGGAAACAUCGAAGGCUGGAUUCUGGGAGGAAUUUGAUAGCCUGCAAAAACAGGAAGCCAAACAACUGUUUGACCGUCAUGAAGGCCAGAGACCUGAAAACAAGAGCAAGAAUCGAUACAAGAACAUCUUGCCUUUUGAUCACUCUAGAGUCAUCCUCCAAGGAAGGGACCCAAAUAUCCCUGGAUCUGACUAUAUCAACGCCAACUAUGUAAAGAACAAUCUGAUCAGUCCAGAUGAGUGCCCCAAGACCUACAUCGCUAGCCAGGGUUGUCUGGAUACCACUGUCAAUGACUUCUGGCAAAUGGUGUGGCAGGAGAACACACAUAUUAUUGUUAUGACCACACGGGAAGUAGAAAAAGGACGGAAUAAAUGUGUGCCCUACUGGCCAGAGGCAGGCAGCACAAAAGAAUAUGGUCCCUACCUUGUGGAGAAUGUUGGGGAGCACGACGCAUUGGAAUACAAACUCCGGCAUCUCUGUGUGUGUCCAAUAAAUGAUAGUGAGGCUGUGCGUGAGAUCUGGCAGUACCAGUACCUGAGCUGGCCUGACCACGGUGUCCCCAGUGAGCCAGGAGGAGUGCUGAGCUUCCUCGAUCAAAUAAACCAGAAGCAGGAGAGCAUUCCAAAUGCGGGGCCUAUUCUGGUGCAUUGCAGUGCUGGGAUUGGCCGCACUGGGACUAUCAUCGUCAUUGAUAUGAUAGUGGAAACAAUCUCCACCAAGGGGCUGGACUGUGACAUUGACAUCCAGAAGACCAUCCAGAUGGUGAGGGCCCAACGCUCAGGGAUGGUGCAGACAGAAGCCCAGUACAAGUUCAUCUACAUGGCCAUCUGCCAAUUCAUAGAGACAACAAAGAGAAAGCUGGAGGUUAUCCAGUCUCAGAAAAGCAAGCAAAAUGAGUCGGAGUAUGGGAACAUAACCUACCCACCUGCAGUGAAGAAUAUGCAUGCCAAGGUCUCACGAAAAUCCUCCAAGCAGAAAGAGACAAUUUAUGAAAAUUUGGGUAAAAAGGAGGAGAAGGUACGGAAACAGCUGUCCUCGGAGAAGAAGCUGAAAAGCUCACUAAAGAAGAAAUAAGCACAGAUUGCAGGUAGCCCCAAGGGAGUUUUAAACACGGAGUGCAAGAUGGGAGCUCACAUCCAGGCUGGCCAGUCUCACAUUCCUGCCUCUUGGACUGGAAGUAGGCCUUCCCCAUUUCUUCCCUGCCAUCUUUCAGAGCUCUGAACCAGGCUGCUUUCCAGCUAGCUGACCGACUUCAGUGUCCCUUGCCUGUACAAGCCUGUGACAACUCCCACUGCCCUUCAUCAUUAAUUAACAGGAAAAAUCACACCCCUUCUUUCCCUUGAUCCUUGUACACUGGCACCCAAACUCACUGCUGCUUCAGCAGUUCCUCUUCUUGAGGAGUUAAGGAAGAGCUUUACAGGAACUACAUCUCUAUCUGCUCCAUUGAGUUUAGCCUGUUUAGCGUUCCCCGAAACCUCAUCUUUUAAAAUCUGGCAUUUCUGCCCUAUUUCAGCUUAGCUCCUCUGUAAUUCAACAGGAAACUUCCUCUUUUCUUUAUCCUGACCCUCUACACAAUAAUCUCUCUUCUUUUCCAUCUUACAACUGAAUGCUGUAAAUAUGCCAGUGUGUGAUGGUGUGAUGGCUGUUUUAUCUUCUGUUUGUAAAUAAAGGUGUACUUGUUUAAA